GCUCCUCCCCAUCCCUCCCAAGCUCCUCCUCAUCCUUCUCAAGCUCCUCCCCAUCCCUCCCAAGCUCCUCCUCAUCCUUCCCAAGCUCCUCCCCAUCUUUCCCAAGCUCCUCCCCAUCCUUCUCAAACACAUCUUUAUUAUCAAAUGUACCCUCAUCCCUCUCAAGCUACCCCUCAUCUGUCUGAAGCUGCUCCUCAUCCCUCUGAAGCAGCUCCUCAUCCCUCCCAAGUCCCUCCUCACUCUUCUCGUAUUUCACCUCAGAUUUCUCAAACCUCAUCUCACCCGACUUAUGCCCCACCUCAUCGUUCCCAAGCCCCACCUCAUCGUUCUCAAGCCCCCUCUCAUCGUUCCCAAAACCCACCUCAUCGUUCCCAAAACCCACCUCAUCGUUUUCAAGCCCUACCUCAUCGUUUUCAAGCCCCAGGUCAUCGUUUCCAAGCCCCACCUCAUCCUUCCCAAGCCCCACCUCAUCCUUCCCAGACCCCUCCUCAUUCAACUCAUGUGUAUUCACAUCCCACCCAAGCCCCACCUUCCUCCAAAGCUCCUACACAUCUUUCACAAGUCCCUCAUCCUUCCCUGGGUUCCUCCUCCUCAUCUGAAGCCCAUCACCAUUCGCCCCAGGUAUCACCCCAUUCUUCUCAAGACCCAUCAUAUGUGCAAGCACCUUCCCAUAAUUCCCAGACUUAUUCCCAUACUUCUCCAGCCCAUUCUCAUCCAUCCCUUCCUCGUCCUGCUCAAUCCCAUAGUCACACAUCCCUGCCCCACUCAUCUCUUGCCACAACCCUCCCAUCCCAGACAUCUCCUCGGACUUCUCAGUCUCAUCUCAAUCCUUCUGAGCUCCAAGCUCAUCUGUCUCAGCCCCAUCCUUCUCAGCCUUAUUCCCAUUCCUCUCAGUCAUAUCCUCAUCCACCUCAGCCUUACACACAUUCUGCACAAGCUCAGCCUCGUCCUUCUCAAACACAUUCACAUCCUCCACGAAGUCAUGUACAAAAUUCUCAGUCUCGCUUCCCAAAAGCCCAAUCUUCUCAGUCUCGCUUCCCAAAAGCCCAAUCUUCUCAUCCUAAUGCUUCCCAGAUACGUUUACCUCAUCCAGCACAACAUGGUCACAUUAUGUAUUCCUCACACCAGACCACUCUGCCGCAUACUUCUAAGCUUCGUGCAUCUCAUCCUUCUCAUAGGAACAGUUCUCAUCCUUCUCAGCCUCAUCUAUCUCACGGGCAUCCUCACCAUGCCCAGAAUGUACAUCAUCAGCCAACAAGGCUUCCACAUCCAUCUGUCAAGAUUGAAAAUGUUCCUGGUGCCUCUCAAUACCCUGGAUAUAUAUAUCCUUCACAAUACUCUACAGCCAGACCAGAUACAGGACUGGGUAAAGGUCAACCUGAUUCUACCCCUCAACAUACAGAACCAGUUUCAGCAAAUUCUAGGAUCUCCCAAGAUAGUGAUUUAUCACGAAUACGUACAAAAGGUGAACAAAAAGCAUUUGAUCCUCGAAAUGCUGUGAGUGGCAAGUCAAGUGUGAGGGUGGAUCCAUGGAAUCGAUGCGCCCAAGGUAUUCAAGACAUUCAACACCCUCAUCCUGGUGAUAGAGCUGUGAAUUCAUCUUAUAAUGGCACAAAACCACCCACCCAACCUUCGCUUGUUAGUGAUCGUCAAGGUGGGCCAAAGACUUCCACUGUUUUUGAAUUCAAGGAUGAGGAGGGUAAUAAAUCAGAUCAAGUUCAGGUUGCAAGCAAGAUACUAGAGCCAGGUAAAGCAGCUCUAGCGGAGAAACUUCAAAGAAAAAUUCAAAAUGCUGGCAGCCUUGAGUCUCUUGUAACUAUAAAGGACAGUGUGCAAGAGCUGGUCACAAUAAAGAAGGAAGAACCACCAGAAGAAAGUGAAUGGGACUUGGCUAUAAACAAGUUUGUGGGUGAUCUGGCAGUGAAUCCUGAAGGAGUAACAAGUAAGAAGAGCAAAUCUCUAGGAAGGCGAUAUUUACAGAAAGUUCAAAUACAGCAUGCUAUUGACAAUGAUCUCAUAGUGCCUCCCCCUCUAGAUGCUGUGGAAGAGGAAGAGGAAAGUGAACCAGAACCACCAGUUAAAUUCCGUGGGAAAUUCAAGAGUAUCAAAGAUAAAAAGGUAGAACGAUUAAUACUGACAUAUGCAUCACAUUCAGAUGAAAGUGCUACUGAAAUGAUCCCUGAUGAAGAUGCUAGUGAUUUUGAAGAGGAAUUAAAACGGGAAAUAAGAUCAAAAGAUAAACGUCGAGGGCAUUCCCGGAGAUCGACAAAAGGUUAUAAAAGCAGCGGAAGUGAAUCUGAAAGAAGAAAUAGAAAAGGAGGUUAUGGGAGAAAUAAGGAAAAUAGACCCAAUAAUAAGCAAGACUCUGACUUCUCCUUUAACAGUGACAGUGACAGUGAUAGUGACAGUGAUAGUGAUAGCAGUUCUAGUGUCAGUAGUGAUGAUUCCGAUAGUGACGAUUCCGAUUCGGAAGAAGAAGUAAGGCCACGCAGAAAAACAAAGAGGAGAUCAGAGAGCGAAGAGGAAGAGAAACCUAGGAGGCGGAGUAGAAAGUGGAAUAGUGAUAGUAGUGAAUCAGAAGAGGAAAUUAUACCUCGGAGAAGAACCAGAAGAGGAUAUAAAUCAUCAAGUGAUGACGAGUCAUUUAAAGCUUCACAGAAAAAUAAAAAGAGAAAGAAGAGACAGGACACAAGUGAUUCAGAAGAAAUGCCAUUAAAGAUAAGGAAGGGUAAAAAGAAAAUUUGUGAAUCCGAUGAGGAGGAGGAGGAAGAGGAUACUGGAGCAAGAAAGGCCAAGAAAAGAAGCUCAUUAAACAGAAAACAGCAGAAGAGGAGCAAGAGGAAAGAUUCAGAAGAGGAGUCAGAGGCAGAAACAAUUUCCAGAAAGACUAGAGGCAUGAAGAGAAAACUGCAGGAAACUAAAAAAGGUAAGAGGAGAAAGCAAAUAAAAAAUGUAAGCUCUUCCUCAGAAUUUGAUGAAGCAAAUAAUGGUAAAGAUAAAACUGAACAAAGAAAGAAAUGCAGCAAAAAUAAGACACAGAAAUCUGCUGAAGACACUAGUGAAAACUCGGACAUACCAACCAAAAAGAAAAAUCAUUCUAAGAGCAAUGUUAUUGUUGAUAGUGAUGACAGCGAUGAUUUAAAAAAGAGUGAUGUGGAAGAAAAGAGUUCUAAUGAAAAACAAAUGGGUGCUAUAAAAGUUGAAACUGAUGAAACUACAGAUAAAGAAAACACCAUUAAAAUUGCAGGUGAAACAGAGCCACAAGAUGGAGAGGAGAUUUUAGGCUCUGAAAAUGAAAUAGAAUUUGUAAAUGACUCUGUAAUUGAAAAACUGAAGAAAAUUCGAGAUGAGGAGCUAAACAGAGAUGACGUGAAGGAAAUGAAAGUGUGGCUAAGUGAAGUAAAUACUGACUUAAAAAAGCAACUUGGAAAUCUUCAGGAGACGGCUGUGAGGCAUUAUUGGAAAAAGCCAGAGUUUGGAGCUGGGGAUGAUUUCCUCCAUGGAUGGCAAACAGAAGUGAAAAAAUACAAAGAAGUUACAGCAAGAUUCCCAAAGAAACUUUGCCAAGCUGCCAAACACCAAAGUUCAGUCUCGCCUAGUAAAGGUACCUCGAGAAAAGGCAAAGAUCGUGACACGGGGUCGUCAUCUCCUGCCAAAAAUACUCGUAGUAAAUCUGGGAUAAUCAAGACUAGCAUGGCGGUAGCAGAAGAUGAGAGACUGAAGGUGGCAGCACGGCCAGAGAUUAGCACAGUCAUGCAAAGGUUCUUUGAUAAGGUCUUGGCUGAAACAGGAAGUGAUAGCACUAAGGGUGUACUUUCAUCCAAAAAAUUCACCCUUGGACCAUUUUCUGCUUUUGCUACUCUAAGAGUCCCUACAGGACUUACACCAACACCAUCAGUAGCACCCUCUAUGAUGGCAAGUGAUGACUCGGAUAUGGACUCGCUAGCUAGCCUAAGAACUGACCUUCCAGCAUCUGAUAGUAUCCCAGUGUCACGAAGGUCAAUAGCUAGUAGCCUUUUGAAAAAGUUUGGGCGUAAAUAUAAUGAAAGGAAGCUCAACACACUGUGCCUCAACAAACCUAGACCAGUACUGGAAGCUACAAACAAACCUCAACUCCUGCCUACACCUGGAAUGCCAACAACGGAGAAGGAUCUUGAGGAUAUGUCACCAGAUAAUCUUAAGAUUGCAACAUUUUUCAGGAAAGAAACUGUUAGUAAUUAUAGAGAUAACUUUGAAGUGGUUGUGACAAAGAAUGGAAUGAAUGAAUUCACACCAAUCCUAUACCAGUCAAGAACUCGCAACAAAGAAAAGCAGAUUCAGGAUGCUGCUACAGUAAAGUCUGUUUUUGGUACAGAUAUUCCACCUCAUCUAAUCAAGAAAACAGAGACUAAGAAAGCUAAGAAAUUAAAGAAAGAGAAAAAAGAUGAAGUAAAAGUUUCGGUUAAAGAUGAGAGUUCUCCAGUACCUGUAAGUCGUGCAAGUACCCCUGGUGGGUUUGUAUUCGCUCAAGGAGAUGACGACGAUGAUUCUGAACUACGUAGUGAACGUUCCGAGUCUGUCCUCGGGGAAUCAUCUGUUCCUCGAGCAGCCAAGAGGGUACGACGGAAAUUCCGCAAAUUCAGAAGUGGUUUUGACUAUAUACGAAAAAAGAAGAAAGUGAAGCCCGAUGAUGAAACGACUCCAUCCAGAAAACGCUUGCCUGUUCGCAAACACGUUAAUUGGCCAGAAGAAAGCCGCGAUGUGGCCUCAGAGGUUCGGAGUUGGGUUGUCAACAAAGGUCUGGGUGAAACUGUCUUGCAUAAAGCUGCCAGACUUCAGUAUCACGAUGUUGUUGUUUACUGUGCAGAAAGUCCAGACUUCGACAUUAACGUUCGUGAUAAUGCAGGCUACACACCACUGCAUGAGGCUUGCAACAGAGGCCAUUUGGAUAUUGCACAGGUGCUGUGCGCGCACGGUGCUCAUGUCAAUGCUCCGGGCUACAAAGGAAUGAGGCCACUUCAUGAAGCUGUUGAAAAUGGGCAUGGAGAACUUGCCCGCCUCCUGCUUGCAUAUGGGGCUGACCCUGCACUCACCACUUAUGCUGGCCAGAAUUGCCUUGCUCUUUCUGCUGAUGCCCAGACAACAAAAUUCAUUGAAGGUUACCUGGCUGACCUGAAGGGUCGGACUGGUGAGAUGUGGCACUUCAGUGGCCCUUCCAGGUUCCUUGAUCUUGAUGAGCAAGGCUGUGAUUUAUUUAGCAAUAUACCAGAAAGCAGAACUGUUCCAUUGUGUCAGCAAUUAAAAUGUCUAGAUGACACACACAGACAAAAAUUAGAAUCACAAAAGUUUGACACUUGUAUGAAAGUACCAGACCAAGAUAUGGCACAGAAAGUCAGUGAAUCAAACUUACAAAGAAAUUUUGAAAAUAUCUCCACUAGUGAGGAAAAGAAUUUCGUGAAACCAGAAAAUGGUAUAUCCAUAGUUCCAGUGAAUGAACUCCAAUACUCAGUUAAGGAAGAAGAAACUGUUAAAGAGAUUAAAAAAGAGAAUGACACAGAGUUGCCUAAAGAAGAAAUAGAAACGAAACCGACGAGCGAGAUGGAGACCACGAAGGACAGUGAAAACACAGUAGAUUUAUACAACGAUAGUUCAGGGUGUGAAGACGAUUGGGAAUUAAAUGAAGUGACUUUUGAGACAAGUGAAUUACCUCUAUUGGAUGUGUUUGAGGUUGAUGGUUGGCCUCAUAAAUACUACCUUAUGCUAGAACUCUUGACCCUCCUCAGAAUGACUCAAGCAGAGCUUAUCAUUUCUGCAAGAACUAUUGAAACAUUAAAAUUGAGCGUGGAGGAGUUUGAGAGUCGUGCCCACAGCUGCAUAGUGGGGUCAUGCAGCCGUGCUCUUGUUGAUACCUGCUCUUUUGUGGUGUUAGUACGAGUCACCCCAACAGUGGAGAAACUUUUAGGUAUUGAAAGUGUAAGACUUUAAGAGAGUUUGUGUGCUGUAUCUAUAGUAGUCAGAAUGAAAUAUUAUCUUGAUUUUGUUAUUUUUUUUUUAAGAAGAGCACUGUGGAAAAAUAAUGGUCAAUAUUAUUGAUCAUGCUGUAGUGAAGGAGUCCAGAUUUUUUAAACAAGCUGUUGAUAUUGUAAAUCAACAAGUUUUAGCCAAUUUUUUAUGAAUACCUUCACUUCCUACUACUACAAUGAUGUGAUUUUAUAACUAUGAUAGUAUGAAUAUACCAUGUACCAUACACAGUAUAUGAGUUACUGAGCAACAUUAGUACGUGCAGAGAUAACUUGCUCUGUGAUAAGGUUUAUCAAAGAUAUACAUAAACUGUGAUAAGUCUUGUGUAAAGCCCAAAAGGUGAUAUGCAGACAGCUACAGGAAAUCUUCCAAUUACAAGGAUUUUUGAACCAAGAACUGUUGCAGUGGGCCUAAGAAAUACACUUGAAUAUAAUGACGGGUUUUUCCAUUUUACAAUAAUCAGUGGUAGCUGGAAACUACUUUUACUAUUGUAAGUGUGUACUGAUUUUAGUUACUCUUGUGAUGACAUUGUAAAAGUUUCACCUAGAAGAAGGUAAACAAUUUUACACAAGAAUUUUUUUAUCUGACAAAACUUUAAAUUAGUAGUGUAUAUAUGGUUCAAGGAAGAUUUUAAAAUGGGAAUUUGUGUGCAAUGAAUUGUUGCAAUUGAUUCUAGUGUUAUCACUUAACAUUCAUAGUAUCUCAAAGUUAUUAUAUUUGAGAUUACUCUGUACAAAUGAUGCUUAUGAUGAUAGUAUUGUACAUAAUGAUGAAGUUGGAUGUUAGCUCUCCUCAGCUGUCAGUAGCAGAAACUGUGACCAGAUUACUGUUAAUUAAUGUUUGACUGAUGGAUUACUGCUGCUGCUGCUGUUGCAUCACUACAGGUAAACUAUCCUGCUUAUUUUGUGUGUAUGUGUGUGUGCGUGUGUGUCUGUGUGCAUCUUUGUAAAUGAAGUCUUGUGCAAUUAACUUAAAUAUAUUUUCUAUGUAAUGUAUUGCCAUGUAAAUAUAUAUUCAGAGGUAUACUA